AAAUAAACAAUGAUAAAUUAAAUAAAAGAAAACCUGGGGUUGACAAAAAAAAAAAUGAAAGAAAAAACAAAAAACUGGGCAAAGUCGGAUCGGUGUUGUUAAACAAGCAAAGCCCUCCUUAGCCUUUCCUUCCUCUUGCUCCUUCACUCACUCUCGAUCUCGACGCGAAAUAGCUUUCUCUCUUCCAAAGGCAAUUAUCGAAAACCUGCAAAAAGUUUCUCCGCCAAGUCUCUCCAAAACCCCUUUCUCAUCUCUACUUUUCUUCUUCUUCUUCUUCUUCUACUGCGCUCGCUCCUCGCUCCUCCGUCUCCGUCUUCAACGUAAUCUCGAAGUCGGUUGUUUCAAUCCUGCCAUGGCCGAAGGGAAGUUCGAUCUGCCUGACGAUCUCAUCUUUUCCAAAUCUUCUGAUCAGCUCAAAGAAUUGGCCUCAGAUAACAGCAUUCCCUUGUCUCCGCAGUGGCUUUACACGAAAUCAAGCGAGUACAAGAUGGAUGUUCGAUCUCCUACUCCUGUUCCCAUGGGAAAUCCAAGUGACCCAAAUCCGAAGGAUGCAUGGCGCUUGGAUGCACCUGAAGACAAAAAGGACUGGAAGAAAAUUGUGCAUGAGAAUGAAACUAGUCGCAGAUGGCGUGAAGAGGAAAGAGAAACUGGUUUACUCGGUGCUAGGAAAGUUGAUCGACGAAAAACAGAGCGUCGUAUUGACAGUGUCUCAAGCAGAGAAACUGGUGACAUUAAAAAUGCUGCUGCUUCUGAUAGGUGGAAUGAUGUUAAUUCUCGUGCUGCUGUACAUGAACCCCGGCGCGACAACAAAUGGUCAUCUCGGUGGGGUCCUGAUGACAAAGAGAAAGAAGCUCGUUGUGAGAAGGUAGAUAUUAACAAGGACAAGGAAGAGCCUCAGAGUGAAAGUCAAUCUGUGGUUAGCAAUGUCCGUGCAACCUCUGAACGGGACUCUGACACUCGUGACAAAUGGAGGCCACGUCAUAGGAUGGAAUCCCAGUCUGGUGGGCCUUCUUCUUAUCGCGCUGCACCUGGGUUUGGACUUGAUAGAGGACGAGCCGAGGGCCCAAAUUUAGGGUUCACUGUGGGCCGAGGAAGGGCAUCUACUAUUGGGAGGGGUUCUUCAACUUCCUUAAUUGGUGCUGGUAGUGCUUUAUCCCCUGUGUUUCGUUAUCCAAGGGGUAAGUUGCUUGACAUGUAUAGAAAACAGAAGCCUGAUUCUUCCCUAGGUAGGAUUUUGACUGAAAUGGAUGAAGUUGCCUCCAUAACGCAAGUGGCUCUGAUUGAACCUCUUGCUUUUAUUGCACCUGAUGCCGAAGAAGAGGCAAACCUUAACGGCAUAUGGAAGGGAAGGAUCAUUAGUAGCGAAGUUUACACUUCAUCUGGGGAAGAGUCCUUAGGUGGAAACAGUCUGUUGAAAUGCCGCAUUCCUGAGUCAGGUGAGACAAAAGUGGAUGGUGCUUUGCUAGGGUUUAUGAAUGGUGACAAUGGUUCCAUGAAAAAUAAUGAUUCCGGAUUACUUGGUAGUCAUAAUGGAGGUCUGGGGGCUGCUUCUAGCGUCCCAAGAUUGAAUUCAGUGGCUUCUGAAAGUUAUGGAUCUGGUGGAGCUGGUUAUCAGCUUUCUCAUGGAAGUCCUGAAGCGGUUAGAUCAGUUUUUACUAAGUCCUCUGUGUUGGAUGGGAGCGAAUCCGUUGUUGGGUCUUUCGAGCAAGCUUAUACGGGCAAGCUGCAGCAACCAGAUACUGAAGUGGAUCACUCAGAAGGGGCUAUGCCACCUGAGGAGUUCUUAUUCUUGUAUAUUGAUCCUCAAGGAGUAAUUCAGGGACCGUUCAUUGGUUCUGACAUUAUUUCAUGGUUUGAACAAGGGUUUUUUGGGACAGACCUACAGGUUCGCUUGGCAAGUGCUCCAGAAGGGACUCCUUUUCAAGAUCUAGGCAGGGUCAUGUCAUAUAUAAAGGCAGAAAGCGUACAUGCCCAUAUCAGUGACCAAAAGAGUGAGCUAGAAGAGACUAGUUUAAAAGCAAAUUCAGAGGCUGGUGGAUCAGUUGCACAUGUAGCAGAAUCUAAUGAUUCAUCCUCUUUGACUGGCAUAUCUCGUUCAUUUUCUGUGUAUAACAACCCUUCAGGUCAGGAUAAUUUUCAGAGAAAGUCUGAGUCCGAAGUUUAUGGAAGACCACCACAUGCCGAGGACCAAAGUUUCUUGGACUUCUCUGCUCAGGAUGAAGAAAUUGUAUUCCCAGGAAGAGCUAGAGUUUCUGGUUAUGCAUCGUCUGUAAAAUCCUCUACAAGUAUGCAUGAUGCUUUAAUGGAAUUUUCUGGCCACUCUGAUAUCCCUGUUGAAGUAACUACGGCUGCUACUCGAAAUCAGAAUGAGAAUAAGCUGCACCCAUUUGGUGUGUUGUGGUCUGAGCUAGAGGGCGGUAGUACACCAGUUAACCCGUUACCAAACAGAUCUUCUGGUGCAAUGGGAGAGCCUAGUUGUUCAAUAGAAAACCGUCCCAUUAAUUCCCGAAGAAAUUCUCAAAUUGACCCCAACAUAUCCCUCGAUGCUUUGUCUGGUAACCGGAUGUCACAAUUUGAACAUGAAUCCAACUUCUUUAACCAUGGGGAUCAGCUUCCAUCAAAUCAACAUCACCAACAGCAUUUCCAAAAUCGGGAUAUGCUGUCACAUUUACAUAUAGGUGAUCAAGAUCUGGAGCAUUUAAUAACUCUCCAGUUGCAGCAACAACAGAAGAUUCAGAUGCAACAGCAGCAGAAGAUUCAAUUGCAACAGCAGCAGAAGAUUCAGUUGCAACAGCAUCAGUUGGAACAAGAGCAUCAGUUACAUCAGAAGCUCUUACAGGAGCAGCAACAGUCCCAUGCUCGACAAUUACAUUUUCAACAGAUUUUACAAGGACAGACUCCUGAUACAAGGUUUGGGCAGUCACAUGACUUCCCUCGAUCCAACAGUGUUGAUCAGAUGUUGUUAGAGCAGCAGAUGCUGAAUGAGCUGCAGAAAAGUUCUGGCCAUCCGUCACAAAAUUUCGCACCAUACAUUGAGCAACACGCCGCAGGAAAUUUUGGGCGGUUUACACAUGAAGGUCACCAAAGGGAGCUACUUGAACAGCUAUUUUCAACACAAAUGCAAUCUCAGUAUGGACAAAAGCAAUCUCAAUAUGGACAAAUGCAAUCUCAACAUGGACAACUGCAAUCUGAACCAAUCCGGUCUUUGGAGUACCAGCUGCUGCAGCAAGAGCAGCUUAUGCAAUUGGCAAAUGGAGUGAGGCACAAUACACUAUUGGAGGAACAGAGACAUAUUGACCCUCUGUGGCCAUCUGACCAUAGUGAUCAGCUUUUAAGAACUCAUCCUGGGAUCCACCGUUCACACUCUUCUGCAGGGUUUAGACCAUUAGACUUUCAUCAACAGCAGCAGAGGCCACACUUCGAGGAUCAGUUUAGUCAACUUGAGCGGAACCGUUCAUAUCAGCAACAACUUAGACUAGAAUUAUUGGAGCACGGUCUUCCAUUUGAGAGAUCAGCAUCGGGGCUGAAUCUGGAUGCAGUAAAUGGUCUUGGUCUCUCCCAGGGUCUGGAGUUGCGGGAUGCUACUGCCCACAUGCAAUCUUCUGGCAGAUUGGGAAAUUCUACUCCGGGUUUCAGUCAUCAGAAUCCCCGUAUACCAUUAGGUGAAUCACAUUUUUCACAUUUGGAACCAACGGAAGGACGCUGGUCUGGAGCCGAUACACAGCUAGCUGGUGACUGGGCCGAAUCUCAAUUUCGUAGAUCUAAUAUGGAUACUGAGCAUGAUAAAAUGAGGUCGGAAAUUAGGAGACUGGGUGAAGAUCCCAACUCAUGGAUGGUAGGUGGAUCUACAGACGACAAGUCAAAGCAGCUUUUUAUGGAGUUGCUCCACCAGAGACCUGGCCAUCAAUCUGCUGAGUCACCAAACAUGAACCGUGGGUAUCCUUAUGACAGGAUGGUUCCUUCAGGCCUUACCCCAGGGAUUCAAACGCUUGGCGGCCUUUCAGACCAUGGUGGUAAUCAAAACGUUUCAUCUGCUUUUGGGGAUCGUUCAUUUUCUGAUGAACAGGUCAACAGAGUACCGGGAUAUGGGAACAAUAUGGGAUCAUUGCACCAUAAUAGUUCCUUACUUUCUGGAAUUAUCGAUGCUGGGCGGUCAACUCAGAAUGAAACUCAAGCCUUCAGUAAUAUGUUUGGUAUGAACAAAGACGCGAAUGACAUCAAUACUUGGAACAAUGUGCCGCCUAAAAAUGAGGGAAUGGGAAGGAUGAUGUCAUAUGAUGCCCAAGACAGAAUGGGCAAGCAAGCAGUAUUAGACUCCCUGAUUCAAGAGGAGCUUCCUGUUGGUACGCCUGGUCAACAGUCCUCUUUCAAUAUCUCUGGCUUAUCCUGAUAUUCUCUUGCUGCAGACCGAUACAGUGACAACUUGGUUGGAGAAGAUAGAAGGAAGGAUAGGUUGGUAGUUCCAUCACAUGGGCAGAAUUCAGUUUUGUUAAAAAGGCCUCCCUCAUCUCAUUCUUCUUCGUCGCAUGAAGGAUUACUCGAGCGUAUGUCUGACACAGCUAGCAGGGCAGCAGCAAGUUCCUAUAGUGGAAUUGAAGGAGGUGUGAGACGGGAAUCAGGAGCAGCAGGAAACAAAGGGUCAACGUCAGAGGCGGCAUCGUUUAGUGAGAUGUUGAAGAAGAGUAAUAGCAUGAAGAAGGUGGCGGCAGAGUCAACUGAUGCAACCGAAGGAAGCAAAGGUGGCGGUGGUAAGAAGAAAGGGAAGAAAGGGAGGCAAAUCGAUCCAGCUCUUCUCGGUUUCAAAGUCACUAGCAAUCGAAUUCUUAUGGGCGAGAUCCACCGCGCUGAUGAUUUUUAGCUUUUGUUCGUUUGUACAAAAUCUUUACAUGUAAAGAUUAGAUUCUCAUACUUAGGCGUAUAGGUCCUUUUCGGACAGAUUUCUUACAUCACAUAAGAGCACACGAAAUGAAAUAAUAAUGUUUUUUAGGUGAUAAAUUGUUUGGUUUGCACUUUGGUACAAUGUUGUCUAAUUACUUGUACCUUGCCUACCCCUAUUUUAAGCAUCCACUCCAUCUGAC